AUGUCGAACGAAGCCGUGGCCCCGGAACCCAAGCCCAGCCAGACAUACCCGGCAUCCUGUCACUGUGGCUAUAUCAAAUUCAACGUCACGCUCUCGCCCCCGCUGCCCGAGUACAAGCCGCUCGAGUGCAACUGCUCCGCGUGCCGCAGGUUUGGCUACCUGCUCGUGUACCCCAGCCGCGACAACGUCAAGUUCCACGGCGAUGGCGAGUCGCAGGUGAUGAGGUACCGGUUCAACACCAAGGAGAAGGACCAGAUGUUCUGCGGGAAGUGUGGCGCCAGCCUGGGCAUCGACUUCCGGGACUUCUACAUGCCCAAGUGGACCGGGUAUGGGAUCAGUGUCCGCACGUUCAACGGAAUUGAACUCGACAAGCUCGAGUUCAAGAAGGGAAAUGGGCUGCAGGAUGUUCUCCCAGCGGGAGACUUGUCUGGCAUGUGGCACGACGAGGGCGCGGAGACAGUCACCAAGACCGCUUGA